AUGGGUGGCAGUGACAUAACAGUGAAGUGCUGUGGUUAUAAGAAUAAUCUUGAUUUGCAUUUCAGCGAUGUGAGAUACAGUGUGAAAAGAAGCUGGAUUAAGACAAAGAAGUUUAGCAAUAAGAUGUUCAGUACUGAUAGUUUGCGGAGAGGAGCAGGGCCCAAAUGUCAGGACGACAAUGGAAUACGCCACUACAUCCCGCUGUUAAAUUUUUGGCCACAGAUGUGCACUGGGAUCUUCAACUAUAUUUUCUUUCUUAGAGACAUCGUUCACACGCUUCUGGAGAUGGGCGCGUCCCCAUGCACGGUGGACAAGAAGGGGGCAACUCCCUUACACUUGGCCGCUUUCAAGGGCGACGCGGAAGCAGUCGGCAUGCUCCUCGAACAUCACAACCCUCCCGUCAACGUCGACCAGCUGACACAUGACGGUGACUCGGCGCUCCUCAUCGCUGCUCAAUUCGGUUUCACAAGCGUUGUCUCACAGCUGAUUGCAAGAGGAGCCGAUGUCACUAUCAAGAAUGUCACGGUGACAGCGCGCUCGACUUGGCUGCGCAUUAUGGAAAGUACUCGGUUGUGA